ACCUGGAAACCGUGAGUCGGCUUCACUAAUCACGAAAGAUCCUUCAUCUUCCUCCCUGUUUCCAAACAGUGCUGCCUUGCCUCGCUCUCUCUCUCUCAUCAGAUCGGUGAACACUAGCCAAAGCUACUCCGAGGUUCAACUUAGCAAAAAUCUCCAAAGUACAAAUCCAUCACUCUUUAUUCCCCAAAACCUUCAAAUCCAAUAUCAAUUCCUUUUCUUCGUCCGUUUGUUUUUUCUUCAAUUAUUCCGUUGAAAAAAUAGAAUCUUUCUUUUGCAAUAACUCAAUUAUUUAUAUCAUUUUUAAUAUCGACAUUUUUUUUAACUAAUUUUUUCUUGAUUUGCAACAAAUCAAAGCCUCUUUCAAUCUCUAUCAACAUGACCACCGGAAACCCUUCAUACACCAGCCCAAAACCCUGCAAGCACCUUGCAGAUUACAAGCUCAGCCACGGCCUGAGUGGCUAUAAAUACCUCCAAAAGUACCUCAAGACCACCCCACCUGGGAGAACAAGUGUCGAGAAACCCGAUACAAAGAUACCCAGAUGCAUUUCUUGUGAUGGUAUUCAAGGUAGACUCUAUUUUUGCCUGAUUUGCUCCUCGGUCUCCUGUUUGGACCAUACCCUAUUGCAUACCCAGUCUGAGAAUGGUCAUGAUGUAGCUGUGGACAUUGAAAGGGCUGAGCUUUAUUGCUGCGUGUGCUGUGAUCAGGUCUACGACCCUGAUUUUGAUAGGGCUGUAAUGUCCAAGCAAAUCAUGGGCAUCCCAAGAGGUAAGAAUGGUGAUGAGAGUAUUGGAGAGAGAUUGGUUAAGAGGAGGAGGUUGGGCUCUGGUGUAGGACAGGAAUUGGUGGAUUUGAAGAUAUCUAAACAUUUAAUUUCCUUGAGGGAUCGGAGGGCGAAAUCUUGUUAUCCAUUGGGUUUGAGGGGAUUAAAUAAUCUGGGGAGUACUUGUUUCAUGAACUCCGUGUUGCAAGCAUUGUUACAUGCACCCCCUUUCAGGAAUUACUUCUUGAGUGAGGGGCAUAAUCAUGAAAAUUGCCGGAAAAGAUCGGUGGAUCGGCUAUGCUUAGCUUGUGACAUUGAUGUUAUUUUCUCGGCUGCGUUUUCAGGUGAUCGGGCACCAUAUAGCCCUGCUCAGUUUCUUUACAGUUGGUGGCAGCAUUCAGCAAAUCUGGCAAGUUAUGAGCAGCAGGAUGCUCAUGAGUUUUUCAUUUCAGUCUUAGAUGGGAUCCAUGAGAAAGAGGGCAAAUCAAGGAACCAAAGUAGAGAUAAUGGAGAUUGCCAAUGUAUCGCUCAUAGGGUAUUCUCUGGACUCCUGAGAUCAGAUGUCACCUGCAUGACCUGUGGAUUCACUUCAACAACCUUUGAUCCCUGUGUGGACGUCUCACUUGACCUGGACACAAGCAAUUUCCGUCCAACAAAUAUAGCUAACAAGCCCAUCAAACCGGAUGGAAACAGUAGUAUGUCUACUCUUCUUGGUUGUUUGGAUUUGUUCACAAGGCAGGAGAAGUUGGGAUCAGACCCGAAACUUUACUGCCAAAACUGUCAAGAAAGGCGAGACUCUGUGAAGCAAAUGUCCAUAAAGAGGCUCCCAUUGGUGUUGUGUUUGCAUAUUAAACGAUUUGAGCAUUCUCCUGUCAGAAGAAUGUCAAGAAAAAUUGACCGCUAUCUGCACUUUCCUUUCUCCUUGGAUAUGACCCCAUAUUUGUCCUCCUCGAUUGUCAGAAACAGAUUUGGGAACAGAAUCUUUGCUUUUGAGGGCGACGAGUCAGACAUUUCUACAGAAUUUGAGAUUUUUGCUGUGGUUACUCAUGCAGGAACGCUUGAAUCCGGCCAUUAUGUUACUUAUCUACGCUUGAGAAACCAAUGGUACAAAUGUGAUGAUGCUUGGAUUAAUGAGGUUGAUGAGGCAAUUGUGAGAGCUUCACAGUGUUAUAUGAUGUUUUACGUGCAGAAAAUGCUUUACCACAAAGCCAACGAGGAUUUGAGUUGCCUGCCAAUCUCCCCACUGAGGGACACAUUUAUUCCCAUUCCUGGAUGUUGCUGAAGAGCGUUUUAACCGAUCAGGGCUGACGGUUGGCAGAGCAUGAAAUGGGCUUUCAACGCCAUUGAAGGCCAGUUAAAGAGUCAAGAAAAACCAAUGAGAAGGGGCAAAAGAAAGACUUCCUAAUUGUUGAUGGGAGUUUUACAGCUUGAAAACUUGAAAUCAAUUGGCCUGGAGGGCAUGAACAUCAUCAUAAUGCACUGUUUGUCAAGGUUAAGCCAUAAUCACCCGACAUACAGCCAGUCUCUUGUGCAGCCAUUUAACAACAUUUUGCUCAAGAUUCUUUCACUUUGCAAAAUAAAACUUCACGACUAAAGGCGUUCUAUUUUAAUCUGGAUUCUACUCACGGUUGGUCUUCAAUUUGUGAUUGGCCACAUAAAUGAUGAUUGGUUUCGGGGUGUUAUCCCAUUACCCUGCCAUAUAUGUCCUAAACACUAUGAAAUUAUGAAUGUUAUGCUCAUUUUAUAGCA